AUGUCUGGCGACAACUACCCGCGCUCAGACUUGAUCGAUGUAUCCUACAUACAGCUUCAUCAGUACCUUACCACCAACCAGGAUGCUCAUCGCCCUGCAAAACUUAAAGAAUACCUGAAGCCUCGUCACCUGCAGUUUUCUAAUGUUAAGGAUCCAUUCGGAAAACCUUCUGCCGAAUCCAAGAAGGCUGUGGACAGCGGCUCGGUCACUUUGCCGGAUGGCGUUGUUCUACGCGUUGAAAAUGCAGACAAGAGAUUUGUGUAUGCAAUCAGUUCUAAAUUCAACAUUGACGAAAUUCAAGCACUCAUAAUGCUCCGGUCGUACGUCUAUAACGAGGGAAUGCCUGCCUCCGAUGACGACUCGGAAGACCAAAUGAUCGAGCAACUUGUCGAAGCCAUCGGUCCAUUUUACCACGCAGAACGUAUCCAUCUUCUCCGGACGCUCAUUCCCUUGUUCCGCGCGAAAGAAAAUGAAAAUGAUGCAUUGCACGAAGUGGCCGUGUACUUUCUGCCAAAGGUCGUUCAAGACGGUCCUAAAUUUGCCCUGUCACUCGUCGCGCAAUAUCUGGAGAAGACGAAAGCAGAGCUGCCAGAACAGUUUAACCAGGAGCCAAGGAGUGCAACAGCAUGGGCGAAGCAGAAUCUGAGGGAGCAACUUGUGCUGUUGGAGGUUCUUUUCUGGACGAUGUGGGCGUAUGUGUCGUGUAGUGGUCCGUUGGUGGUGUCCAUAUUUGAAGCUGCAUACGGUACGACACUGGGAUCGGAGCAAUCAAACAGCACGCUUCUACUCGAUGAAGAAAGCCGACAGCUUCAAGACGAUUGUGCUGCCAUGUGGAUUUUAAUCACCAUCGAAAUCCUGGAGUUGGAAAUGAUAGGUGGCGACGAACCAGUCAUUGAGCUUUCAGAAAAACCGACCAGAACAGAUGUCUAUUGGACGUCUAUCGAUAGCGUCAAGCGACUCCAUAACAUUGUUUCAUCCAACACCGACAGUCGAUACUCAUGUACAUAUCUAGCUUGGACAUAUGCACUUGCGCGUAUCGAAGAAGCGGCUUUUCGAAUAAUCAACAUCCCAGAACCAUGGCGAGCGUUACUGGCUGAAAUUAACCCCCCGAUGCAUACCGGUCGAACUUAUGUCAAAGACUGGGAACGAACAUGGGUCACCAUGUCAAAAACAUGUGUACAACCAGAAGUUGGAUUGCUUGGCCUUCUGAAAAGUCUUCUCACCAAAUCCCCUCUAUUCGUCACGUCCGUAGCUUGGAAGACAGGUUCCUCUGUCACAGAUCCUAACGCCAUUGCAUACCGGUCUGUUUUGAAAGGCUUAAUUACAGCUCUUGCCGAACUCGUACCCGUGGAAAAUAUUCCAAAUUUUGACGACCUUGUGGAUGUUUGGAUUUCCCUCUACGGUCGGAGUGAAAGUGCAUCUGUGGCGGAAAUUUGCCAACAAUUCUGGAGAAAUGACUGGAAUCAUGGCAUAGCUCGUCGAGCUAUCUUCGAUGUAGCAAGAUCACGCUUCCCGAUUCAAGUCAAACCCCUCAUACGACUACUUCGUGCAAUGACUGGAUCAGGCUUCCUUGACACAGAUCCCCUGUACACUUCCGAUUACAACCCCGAUAAGGUUAUUGGAGAAGAACGUACAACCUGUGCGCGCUUCGUAUACUACUACCUAGGCAGCUUAUCCUCGUAUUCGCAAGUUGUCCCAUUAAGUCAAUGCACAGGAGCACAUGCACUGUACGAGCGUCAAACGGAGCGGUAUGGUCAAAGUAGUGCAAACCCAGGUGUCAACUACACUAACUUGCGCCCCAUUCGACUUCCUGGAGGAUCUAUUCUUCCCGCUAGGUCAACGGGCCUCGUACUCAACGGAGAUGGCGCCGACCAUGUUGUUAUUCGGUGGCAACACCAGCACUCAGGUUGGAAAGUCAUUCUGGAAAUCCUGACGGACUAUGUCAAUCGGAGGCGAAUGGAUUUCGGAUCAGCAGGGGGUUAUCAGGAUGUCUCAUUUGCUCGUCGAGGGGCGUCGCAACCGAAGACGCUGAAGAUGCAAGAUAUUGGGAUGGAGAUGGACUCCGAGGGAGACGACUCCACUAUCACGGACAUCCUUGAUCUUGUGCGCAGUCUCAUUAGGGGGAAUCCUGCACAGGCCGAAACACUCAUGCAGGCACUUGAAGAGGGUGAGGCCGUGGUCAGUCAUACUACAACGGAAGCACAACCUCCCGGUAUGGUUCAAUUGACGACCAUGAUACUAGAAGAGGCAUUGUCGCGCUCGAAUUCUCGAACUAGGUCAGGAGUCCCCGCCAAACUCAUCACAUCGGCUUUGAGUGUCCUGUCAGCUCUCCUCGCCAUCCCGAAUUAUUCAAAUCGUGUCUGGUUGUAUAUUCGUUCGACCACUAAUCUCUUUGGGACGGACAGAUCGCCUGGAUUUGCCUCAGUUGCGCUGUCUGUCGAGCGUGCCACAGGCAUAUAUACAAUGACACUGGCACUACUUAACCUCGUGGGACAGCUGUUCCGAGAGGCUGUGAUCUCAAUAUUGCCAGAGAACGCAAAGUUACAGCAGUUGAAAGAGGAGGUGCUGCUACGUGCUGCUCGAUUCGUCCAUACUGAAAUUUGGGUGGAGCACAUGAGUUGGAAAUAUGCCCAGCUUGGUGAUAGAUUUGAGAUUGGGAGCCAGGUUGUCGCGUUGUACAACCUCGUGCUCGAUCAUUCCUCGCCGACGUUGGCCGAGCGCCCAUUCUCUGUCCUCAGUCAGUCAAUUGGCGACAUUCUCUUGUUCAAAGCAACCACGUCAACCAUCAACCCGAUCAUCUCUUCGAUUUCGUCUAGUGCGCAGGUUCUGCGGAUGCUGUACGGCUCACGGCGGCAUGCUGACAUCCGCAGGCUGUUAUUCCUACUACAGGAAAGCUUGCGUCUUUGCAGAUUGAUUUUGACUCACAAAAUCAGGUCGAGCAUGGCAUCUCGACCGUGCCUGCUGGAGCAGGCGCUAUGCGCGCGUGUUAAUGGCGGUCCACCGUCGUUCGACGCGACAAACAACCGAAACGACCCCAUCGAUGUGCUAGCAAACUAUUUGAGAGAAAAGGAAGAGGGUAGCACGGUGCCGUUGGAGUCGGCUAAGGUUCUCUGUGGACUCAUUACAUCGCUUUCGCUUUCGUAUACCUCUCCACCGACUAUCAUUGGACAUCUUUCGAAUCCCGAGGCCAUCGUCACCACACUCGUUCGUAUCACAGAACACCCGUAUGAUGAAUUGGCACUUCGGAAGACUGUUUGGAAUUUCAUCACAUUGGCUGUGGAUAAGGAGCCAGCUUUAGCUACUCUCUUUGUUUCUGGGAAGUCGCGGACGCCUGGAGAGUUUAAAGAGGGUAAGGAGAAAGAGACAUUGGGAAACGGAGGGGACAAAGGAAAGGGAAAGGAGAAGGAAAGUGAAGAAGCAAAAGAAAAUGGGAAGGAGAAGAAGUUGGAUGCGAUCUGGAGGGCUGUCACAGCUCUUGAUUCUGCUCGAGAGACUCUAGUGACCUGGAAAGAGCUUUGGGAUACAAAUGCUAUGCUUCUUUCAUGCGUCUUGCGGUUUUUGGAUACGGUAUGGCAGCAUGCCCUGGAGCACAAAGCCGCUGUCGAACCACUUCGAACUGAUAAAUCGUUCUGGGAGCUCCUUGUCGCCAUCGCUUGCGAGGAAGUUGGGCCCGUUCCGACCUACGAAACAACGGAAAUGGUGAUUUUAGAAGGUAUUCCUCGGUCAAGUCUUCACGAGGCUGUACAAAUGCACGCAUACCGAACGUUGGCCAAGUCGCAUGCGACGAACAUCAUCACUCGUGAUAUUGGCCUACACUUACAGUUGCACGGGUCUGAUGUUCCGCGCAAAAAACCAGAAAGUUACAUUCAACUGGAGACUUGCCUAAAGGAUCAGGACCGUCUGACAGAUAUUUUGUCUGAGGCCGCCCCCAGCUCAUAUGCUCCGGAGUUGCAUGACCAGUUGACUGAACUACUGACAGACCGCUUCGUUGGAUUGACACUGGAGCAAUUGGAGGUUCAGGAACCCGUGGCGGAGAGAGAUUAUGGAGACAAUUUUGCAUUCUCGUUGGACCUUCUGAGGACUCGGCUGCAAGCUUAUCCUGUAGAGGUAUCUAUGGAUGAACCAGGAGAUAAAGCAGAAAUGCUUUUACUAUCGAUCAACCUGAAUUUAUCCCUCGUUCAUGCGGAGUCUGCAUUGAUCGAAUCUUGGGUAACGUUGCUCAAACAAACCAUUCCUUACCUCAGAGGAGACGCUGGUGUUCGCUCUCAUAUGUUGGCUAUCGCUGCUUCGAUAUCCUUCGACGUCGCUGGAGAGAAGAGAGGUGGUGAUAUGAUGGCAUCCAUCCAUGGUGCUAGGCUCUCCCUCAUUCUGGCGUUAUUAGAGGUCACCUGGUUCUCGUCAUCAGAUAAGGCGGAGGAAAUUAAAGCCUUCAUGGAACUUUUUGAAAAUCUUCGUGCAAUUGUCCUCAACGAGUAUCAAUCGCCAGCGCGAUCUUUCCUCUCCAAUCUGCCCAAUCCAUUCCACCGACCUCUUUUGCAGAUCAUCUACUUCUGCUCCAAACAAGCUAGAAUCAUGCUCAAGCGGCCCAAGACAAUGAACAGCGCUCAACGACUUGCCAUUUCGCAAAUAGUUGAAGCAAUUUUGUCCUUUGUUAUUGAAUCUCUCCGCGUUGUCUUUAUCGCUGCUCGGAGCAGGGCAGACAUUGACUUGGAUAGAGACAUGGAACUUUUGGUUGCUGUAUUCCACCAGUGCACUCGCCCUGAUAUUGACGCCCCUUCUGUGUUUUGGCUUUCAAAAUGCCAGGAGACCGACGUUAUCAAGGCCAGUUUGGAACUUUUUGUCCAUAUCGACCUUGUAGGUCUUUCCGAUCUUCCUCUGCUGCUAUCUCGAAAAGAGCCCCUUUACUCUCCUCAUAUACUUCUCUUCCAUAUGUCGCUGGUGUCGCAUAGAGUGGCCGCUGAGCGAUUUGCCAGCGAGGGUGUCCUAUCGGCAUAUAGCAACAAUUUCAUUAGUUCUGCCAUCAGCUCCGGUAUGAUUGAUGUUGUGCUGCCUGAAUUGCCUGGCCAGCGGAGUCCAGCGCAUAUUGCCUAUUGCUCGAUGAUCUCAAUUGUGGCUACUGUCAUAUCGGCUCUUGGCAGGACAAAUCAUUACUUUGACGCUGAUGCCUGCGGAUUCGUUCAACUCUAUGGAGACCAAAUCUCGCGGACACUUUCGUGGACGAUAGGGGACCCUAUAACCCUGCCACUAUUAGAAGAGAUUGAUCAAGUCAUCAACCUUUUCUAUGCUAUCGCCACGAGUGUACCUGCCUCUGCUAAAUCAGAUCCUGUGGUAGAGAAGGUUCUGCGAGUUUUCACUACUCGAGCUUUGCAUUUGCUCCAGCAAGUCAAUUACGCCAUCACCCACCCUAAUCAUCUUGCUACAUUGUACGAACCAGUAACCCAAGAUGAACGAAUUCGAUUCGAGAAGGCCCAAUCUCAACCAGACCCAACGAAACGGUCUUUCGUGACCAACUUAAUCCAUCGUUUGUACCAAAUAUCAACAAAUCUGGUGGGAACACUGGUCACAAUCAGUCGGGCUGAUUCUGUUCUUUCUCGAGGAGUAGAAGAUUGGCCAACCAGCGAAGCUUUGAUCGUUCCGCAUUCAAAAGUUGUUCUAGGAGAACCCGCGUCACUGGGCACACUCCUUGAGUUGGGCAAUCGAUCUCUGGAUCUCUUACGGACCCUUGUUCAGCGGCCUCCUGGACAGGGUGCCACAGACCCGUCAGCUCUUCCAGGAUCGUAUGCUACUGCUCUUGAAGUAAAGCAAGGAGUCAUUAUCAUCAGACAAAAUCUUGAAGAAAUUUUGCUAUAUUCAGUAACUCAGCUUGCCAUGUGGCUCUCCAAACCAGGAUUUGACGCUGCACCUGCUGACUCUGAUAUGGAUGAAAAUCAAGGAAUGGACGUUUCUCGACCGGACGGUGGAAAGGAACGACGACCGAGGUCUAUGACGAUGGCCGAGCGACUGCGGAGGGGUAUAACAGGGGAGAUGGCAGGCGACCUUCAAUCGCUCUUGACAAAAUCCAAACCGAUCCUAGUAGCUAGUGACACCAUUAUUGGUGAAAAUUCGACGGACCUUACACAGGUCCUACUCAACUUCCUCCAUGAACGGAUAGGUGGUUCUUCAUGA